AGAUCAGGGGACGGAGGAGGAGAGAGGGAUGAGUAGGCGGAGGCAGCACGGAGGGAAGCCGGCGGAUUUAAGGUGUCUGCCUUCCAGCCAAUCAGAGCGCUGACCGGGGAGAAUAAAGGCAAAGAUAGUCGCCUAUAAAGACAUUAUUCUGCACGCUUUCCAAGAAGCUCAUCUGGUCCAUGAGUGUCACCGACGUUUCCCAAAUUCUUCUUUUGUCUGCGGAGACUCAGGUGUCUCAGUCCGAUCUGGUCCAGGGCUCCACCGGGCGAUGUCAGCCUCACCGCGGGUGAUGAGAGACCGACUGCUGCAGGCGAUCGACGGCCAGAGCAAUAUAUGCAACAUGAAGGUGGUCGUGGAAGUGAUCUCCUGUUUGGAGAGAUACCCUGUGAGCAAAGAGGUUCUGGAGGAAACCCGCCUCGGGAAGCUGAUUAACAACAUCCGUAAACAGACCAAGAACGAGGACCUUGCAAAAAGAGCCAAGAAGCUCCUCCGGAACUGGCAGAAACUAAUAGAGCCGGGGCAGGGGGGCUCGCUGCGCAAGGGACUCACUGAUGCAUCAUGGUCUUUCAACGGUAGCGCUCAUCCCUGCUCCACCCCCUCAGCAUCCCCCCCAGCUUUGUGUAAAACUGGGCCAGAGUUAAAGGCCCGAGGUGACUUCAACAACUGCUCUCCAACGCUUGAUCAGAUAAGCAACAGGAAACAAAGGUGUGACAAGAAAGGGGAUCAACUCUUACGUACAAAGAAGCCCAAAAUCACUCAUGUUGAAUCCACACAACCGACAAUACAGCUGUCACCCAACGGAUUGAACAGAUGUUUUAAAACUGCUGCAAAUAUUCAACAACACCAAUUGACUAAACAUUUAGACAAUAACAAACCCAAUAAAGUCCCUGUUCAUGCUGUCAAACCUCAUCCCAGCGCCUCUUUAUACAGUAAGCCUCCCAGCGCUCUUAUGCACCAGCAAGUUAGAUGCAAUAAACCUGCCCCUGGGGGGCAGCAUCAGCCCAGGAGUCCCAAUUUACUGCCGCUGCAGCAUCCUCAGAAUCUAAAGCAAGAAGCUGAAUUUAAAAAAAAUUAUCCUAAAGCACAGAAUAGUGCAGGUGUGAAUAAUGGGGCUGAGGAUGUCUCUGGACUGGGUGAUUCUACUCAGUCGUUCAGGGUUCAGACAGAACAAUCAAGGGGGGUAAAUUUGUUGGCUGGAAGCAGGACUUCCAAUUCAUCAGGCCCUAAAUCCGGGUGUGGAUUUGUCGGUUUAGAUGAAGAUGAUGCUAUAAAUGACGCCUGGAAAAAGAAAAGACAAAAAUACAGGGCUAAAGAAUAUGCCGUAAACAUAGAUAGACAAAUUACAGAAGACCGCAGUGGACCAGCAAGGAAAAAAGACAGAAGACUGACAUUUGAUCCAUUAACAGGACAAAUUAAACGCACCGGCUUUAAGGAGACUUUGGGGAAAAAGGAAGGCUCUGAACUACAAUCAUCAGAACAGUUGAAGCCAAAUCCACCUGUUGCUCUGAGUCGAUUUCAGCAGACGGACUGGAAAGAGGUGUCAAGGAGUGAAAUAUUCCACUCACAGCUCACCCAAAAGAGCAAUAUCCUGUCCUCCUCUGGUGUCCACGCACCUGGUGCCCACUCCUUUACGACUGAGGUUUGUAAGAGAGUGGAUCAUCGGAAAAGCAUUGCCACAGAAACUCACAUUCUGGCAUCAGACUAUCCUGCCAAAGACUUGCCUGGAAUAAGCAGAGAAAUCAACAAAGAUGACCUGAACCGAUUACAGAGGCAGCGUUGGUCCGGAGUUAACGGCUGCUAUGACACCAAGGGUAACUGGUACGACUGGACAGAGUGCAUUUCUUUAGAUCCAGAUGAAGAUGAGAGCAGACUGAAUAUAUUGCCUUAUGUAUGUCUAGAAUAAAACACAGUGAAGUGUUCAUUAACUCAUUUGAUCAAAUCUGAAGUUCACAUGUGGAAAUAUGUUUUUUUAUUAAAUAUUUUUGGUCUGUUGGAGCUUUGCUUCAUUCAGCUUUCAUUUUGUACUGCAAGUUUCUAUAAAUGUUUUUCUACAUUUGUUUGUAUUUGUAUCUCGAAACAGGAUUGUGUUCAUUUCUUAAACAUACUGAAGUCUUUCAUUUCAAAACUCAUUAAUGACAAAUAAAUUAACAGGAGUCAUCAUUUACUGCCCGCAAAGCAGGCAAAGAAUGAAUGCUGAGCUACUUACUACUGUUCUAUGUGCUAAUUUCCUUUAUGAGGAGCUUCAGCAGCAGUACCAUCCUCACAGAUAUCAGGUUUGAAGUCCCCGCACUGCCGAGAUAUUGGGAGCCAUGCUUCAGCUAAAGAAAUUUGCACAAAUUCAAUAAAUAAUUUGCAACAAUUCAAUAAACCAAACAUCACCCGCAACAUAUUCACCAUUGUUCUUUGCCAUUCCCUUUGGAGUAAAGAGCAGCCAGUUUGUUCAUUAUGCUAAGGCGUGAACUCUGCAAGGGCGGAGCUACAUAGGGGGGCAGGGGUGGCCACGGCCACCCUUAGCCAAUCAUCGGCCACCCCUUUCAUUUAUUUCCCUCUAAUACAGAUGGUGGCAACAGUAAUACUCUCAAGUGGAAUAUUCAAAACAUUUUCAUUUUUCAUAUAUUAACAAUUACUUGACAACAAAACCACUAUGGUUAGUUAUGCACAUUGAUAUACUAACAAUAAAGAUGAUAAAUACAGAAUUCAAGCAGAAAUAGAUUUUGUGUUUUA